UCGAAACUCUCGAAGCUCCAGUCUCCCGGUCUGUUUCGCGGUACCGAGCAUAUCAUCCCGUCUACAACAGCCACCACGUCGCGAUCGUCAUCCCCGCUCUGGCACGAUCCUGAGCCAUUUCUCCCCGAUAAUAGUCGUACGCAUCACUUCGAGGCCAUCACUCGUCUCGGAAUCCGCGCCUCGUGACGACCACCCUACCACCACCACCACCACCACCACCACCAUCACCCGCUGAGGACGCCGCCGUAAGAAGAAGCGGCGGUACCAAAGACGGCGGAAACCGGACACAGACAGGACCAGUGUUAUACCGCGAUUACAACAGCGACGAGAGGCAGCAGAGGCCCCUUUAUCGGCAGCAUGACAACGACGUUUCUGCAACGAUCUAUAAUCAUCUUCGCCGUUCUCGUGUGCUGCUUUCAGUCUUGGGUCAAUGCGGUGGAUUGCGAACUGUAUCCCUAUCACUCUUCCUGCCGAGGUGUAAUGACGAGGAAGCGCGCGGUGCCCCUAAAUGUCAUGCGCGCUUUAGAUUGCGAAGAGGCUGAUUGCAGGCUUCCUAGAAUGAAAUUCCUGAUGGCGCUUCUCCAUGACAAUCUCGAUAAGGACGACGAAAUACGGUCAUCUAUCUCUAAUCAUGUAUCCAGCGAUCCAUCCAGACGCCAGAAGCAGAGGAGGAGGAUGAAUAGGAUGGAAGACAUGAUGCGAGAUAUGUAUAGCGACUAUUGAUUCAGUGAUCACGAGAUUAUGUCGACGCAAUUCGCAAAGAAAUGACUGACCGAUCGACUAUGUUUCAGACAAAUCAUUCGUCCGUUCGAUUACCUUUGAUUAUAUUAUCCAGCUUGAUUCCGUCGAAUCUUUUUCCUAAUUAUUGAUCCUAUUUCCUUAUAUCUCUUUCCCCUCUUCUUUCUCUCUACUUCCUCGCAAAUUUGGCGGCGAAAAGAAAUGCGUGUUAUACGUUUGCUCCUAGAUAGACAAAUGUUAGCAAUAUUGACAGAUUGACAGCAAAUUGGAUUAAAUUUGAUUUAAUUGGAUGAAAUUUUCAUCCAAUUAAUCCAUUCAAUCAAAUUUGAUUCAAUUUGCUGUCAAUCUGCCAACAUUGCUGAUAUUUUGCUUACUGGGUUGUUAGUACUUCAACUUCUCGAUAAUAAACACUUUAAUCGCACAACGUGGAAGAGGCCGAUUUACUAUCUCAAUCUUGUAGAGAACGGACACACGCAAAGCUGUAUUAUUCUUAUUAAUCCUUUCAGUACAUUGUCGAUUAUAUUUUUAAAUAUAGUAGUAGUAGAGAAAAGCAUU